AUGGAGUCGCCACAGGACGCACCAGUGGCGUCUUCGUCGUCGGCGCAAGUACUCGGCCCCGACGAGCUCCUCGCCACGCCGUCCUCCAAGCUGUCCUUGGGGCUGAUCACCUCCUCGCUCGACUCGCUCGGCCCGUCGACCCGGCUCGUGACCUGCGCCAACCUCGUGCUCGGGGGCAAGAUACUUGACCAGGCGACUCUGCGGCGCGUGAUCCAGCUCGGGCUCGACGCAGGCGAGGAGGAGGCGACGCUCCUCGAGGACGACGUGCGGUCGCGCCUUGAAAAUACGAGCAAGACCGGCGACGGCUGGGAGGGGUGGUCGCGCGACGACGUGCGCACGCAGCUUCAUGCCGCGCUCGGCACCGACGCGAUCCGGCUGCUCGUAGCCCGCUGCCUUGCGAUCUUGCAGGACGCGCGCCGCCGGCUGGACACGUACGAUGUGUUCGCGCCCCCACGGCGGCGGAAAGAGCCGAGCAGCACGAGCCAGCACACCGAGUCGACGCUCGACCUUGACGACCCGUGGGCGGACAACGAUGACGAGGAGGACGAGGAUGUUCCCGCGAUAUUGGACGAUCCCUGGGCGGACGGAGACGAGGACGACGACAUGAAUGCCAACGAGGCGGAGGAGACGCCAGAGGCCGAGGCGCCAGAGCCGCCAAUAGACGUCCCGAGCUUCAUCCUGCAGCCGCUGCCGCUCACGGUACUGUACCUCGCCUCGUCGGCGAGCAUAGCGGCCGUACGUGCCGUGUGCGAGCGCCACGCGCAGGACCUGUGGCCGUACCGCAUAUCCAUUGUCGAGGCCGUCCCGGCAUGGGUGUCGCCCGCAGACGAGAACAUGCUCGCUUUGCUGCCUGGGGCGUCGGACGACGGGGCGGAGCAGCCGUGGCCGAGGAAGAAGACCGACGAGGGCAAGACGUUCCUCGACUACCUGACGGGCGAGUACGGCCUGUCGGCGCUGACGUCGUCGCCGGCCGAGCUCCUCCCCGGCCCGCAGAACACGCAGCUGUCAGGCGACGCCCUGACCCAGUGGUACACGGACCGGGUGUUCGAGCUCGAUGGGCUGGGCCUACUCGACGGCCAGCUCGCGUGGGUGCAGCACGGCGCCGCGCUCGGCGUGCCCGGCCUCGACGCGAUCGGCGAGGACCUGUCGCUUCUCUCGAGGCUGAUCUACGACGCCAACUUGUCCCCCGCGCAGUUGGAACAGUGGUCCCUCGUGAGAUGGCGCGACGCGGACGAGAAAGCCCUGGUUAAGGAGUACCUCGCUGCCUCGACGCCCGACUCGAUCGUGGGCGACAUCCGACGCCUGGUCCUGCCCUACCUCUACGUGCUGGAGUCGCGCGCCGAGCGCGCCGGCACGCCUGACCCUGGACUCGUGGACCGCAUGCUCCAUGAGACCAUCCUCGAGCUGCCGCUGCACCUCGCUCUGCCGUGCUUCGAGGCGUCCAAGGCGACGCUGCGCGCGCCACAACGGCUGGUGAAGGAUGACCAGAUGGUGGCCCGCCUGGCGCUGGCGUGUCUCUACGGCAGCGACCAGCGCGACUCGUGGUCGACCAUGUCGGCCAUCUUCGAGUGCUUGCCUGUCUGGGACGUGUCGGGGAGUGACCCCGAGUCGGAUAGAGAAGCGACAGCGACGACGCUCGACUCGAUCGCGUCGUUCAUCCGCCCGACGGUGUCCAACGCCGGGCCGCACUCGCCCAAGGAGCUGUUCAUCUUCUUCUCGCCGCUGCCGUUCGCCUCGCUGUCGAGAGCACUGGACAUUCUCGAUGUCCACCUCGAGUCGGGCGAGAUCCUCGCCAGAUGGGACGUCCGCGUGCAGCUCCGCACGCUGCUCCAGUCGGCAAAGGACCACGACGAGCAGGUCAUGCUCGCUGAGAAGAUGGGCCGGCGGCUCGCGUCUGCAGGCGGCGGUGACGACCGCCGCUGGGUCGCGCUGUGGGAGGACAUGCUCAAGCUCCAGCGCGGCAACGACUCGCUCCUCCGCGGCGCGCUGGGCACGCUCACACCCGAGGAGCUCAUGCGCAUCUUCCUUGGCUCUCUGCUUCUCUCGGGCAACGUUGGCGUGGCGAGGAAGGUCAUCCAGCGCCUCCAGCCAGAGGGCUACUUUACGCCCCAGACCCUCGAGGAUGUGGUCCUCACCACGUCCAAGGAGCUGUACAUGCGCGCCGAGACGGGCAAUAUCCACACAGGGGAUAUGAAGCUCGCAUACGAGUGCCUGUCUGUCGCGCCUGAAUCCCCCGCCAUCCGCGCCGAGCAGGACUUUAUCCAAGCCACAUCCCGCCUGAGCACUUACCGCUCACUGUCAAACCUGUCGCCCGCCGAGAUCCGGUACACGCCGAACAAGCUCGACCUGAUCCGACGUGUACUGUCAACGUCAGACGACGCCUACCGGCAUCCGCAUAUCGUGCUCGAGCUGGCCGAGAAGCUGGGCAUCAAGGACGAGGCGGCGCGCGCCGAGAUUCUGGCCAUGAUGGCUGAUGCGGCCGUUGCGGCCGAGGACUGGACGCUGGCACAGCAGCGCGUCGACGAGAUGGUAGCCCUCGCAAAGCCCGACCUCGGCGACAGCGAUGCGGCAGCCCAGAGAACCCGCGACGUCGUGUGGCGCUCGUGCUUUGAGCUCGGGCGGCAGAGCGAGUAUGGCGACGUGGUGGGCCGCCAGGCCCUACUGGCGCAGGCGAUGCUGCUCUGCCCGGCCGAGCACGUGUCGGUCAUCCUCCCGAUCUACCGGGGCAUCGAGGCCCAGAUCGCCGCACACCCCGAGGUUCUUCGCCGCGCUGGCUCGUCGACGGCCAGCACGUCGGCGCCGUCCCCGACUGCAGAGGAGCGCGUGCUCGGCUCGCGCACAGCAGCACGCGCUGCACGCAUGGCCCUCGACAUUGGCGCCAGCUUCAGGAACUACACUGGCUCGCCUGCGCUCCCAUCAGGCAGGUCAGAUUUGAGCCGAUGGGAUUCGCGCGGCAGUCAUGGUAGCAAGGACGGGCGCGACGCGGCCGCUCUGUUCGAUCGGCAUGCAGACGGCGGCAACGAGGGCGUGCGUGAGGGAGCCAAGCGCGCGCUCGUCAAGGGCGUUGGGUGGUUGCUUGGCGCCGAUGAGAGCGAGAUUGUGGGUUAA